CCGUUACUCAAACGCGCAAGCCACCUCCUCUUCGCUUCCGUCCCUCUCCUCUUCUCUUCUCUUCUCUCUCCCUCCUCCGCCGCUUCUGUUCCCGGCUCAAAUCGACUCAUCGACCGCGCCCGCCGGCAGGCUCCCCCCGUCGCCAUGGGUCUCCUCUCAAACAGGAUUGGGAAGGAGAGCCUCAAGGCGGGAGAUCACAUCUACUCCUGGAGGGCCGCGUGGGUCUACGCGCAUCACGGAAUAUAUAUGGGUGAUGAUAAGGUGAUCCAUUUUACAAGAGGAAGUGGCCAGGAGGUUGGAACAGGAACUGUCGUUGAUAUUCUUCUUGUGAGUUCUGCCCCAAAACGAAGCAACACGCCUUGCCCGGUAUGCACCAACGAAACCAGUGAUACCAGCACAGAGACAAACGGCGUGGUAUCCUCUUGCCUCAGCUGCUUCCUAGCUGGGGGUGCUCUUUACCGUUUUGAGUAUGCAGUCAACCCAGCGCUCUUCCUUGCCAAAGCGCGAGGAGGAACGUGCACUCUCGCGUGCUCUGAUCCUGACGAUACGGUGAUUCGCCGUGCGAAGUACUUGCUGAACAAUGGUUUCAGGUGCUACAAUCUGUUCAAGAGCAACUGCGAGGACUUUGCGAUAUACUGCAAGACUGGCCUUCUUGUGGCUGAGCGCGGUGUUGUUGGGCAGAGCGGGCAGGCUAUCUCCAUCAUCGGUGGACCUCUCGCCGCAGUGGUCUCAACCCCGUUCCGCUUGGUUACCACAAAUAUCUAUGGAAUGGCAGUGAUGGCCGUCGGGGUGUACUGUGCAAGCAGGUAUGCAGCUGAUAUUGGCAAUCGCCGUGACGUGGUGAAAGUGGAAGUCGAGGACCUGACGGCCGGACUGGCCAGUGGCAGGAUACGUGCUGUGGAGAACAUCGCCCAGCUGAUGGCUCCGGCAGCAGAAAGCCCGGCCACGGCCACGGCCACACUGGCUGCUUAAAAUGUAACAUUGUUGUGACAUCUCGAGGGACGAGGGAUGUGCGUCACAGCGUCAGUCAACAUGUUUAGGUUUACAAUUGUGUUGGUUCAUUGUGUUCAGAAUCCGCUUAAACUCUGAGUUCAUUGUGUUCAGAAUCUGCUUAAACUGUGUUGAAGUGAGCUUUCCAUUCGGCAAUGUCUGUACGAAGCUCGAUCGUGUAUGUCUUGUAAGUGUUGUAUUUCAAAGAUAAAAAUGUGACUGUUGUGCGUCUUGUGCUGGUAUUAUUAUCGAA